AUGAAAGUAACUAGUAGGUUAUCCACAUUUACCUUACAAUUUCUAAGAGAUCCAAAGAAAUAUUAUGAUAAGACGCUACCUGUAACAAAAGAUUCUCCACCUGUCUCGAAUUUAGUUGAUAAACCAAAGCCAGAUCCCAUAUAUAAAUGCAAAAAUACAUUCAUAAAGAAUAUAUCUAAACCUUUGAAAGAGCAUUCACAAUUGAAAGGAGUUUUGAAAGAUUUACAAAACCUUUAUUCAAAGCCGCCAAAGGAGGCAAUGGUUCAUUCAUGUGAGUAUUUCACAAUGUUUUAUUAUCCUCCAGAUCACAUUCUAUCUCUUUUUAGAAAAAGUAGACCAGCAGUUUCCAUUACACCCUUGCGGAGCCCAGUGGGUAUUCUGAAUGGUGGUGUUGCUGAAGCAAAUCCUUUGGUGGAUAGAAUAUAUCAAGGUAGGAAGGUAGAACAUCCCAGAAAUUACGCAUUUCAAAGAAGAAAUAGCCGUGUUUUUAUAAGAGACAGUUUCCAAAGGAUAUGGUGUCAAUUGAAUGGUGACACAGCUAUCUUUGAGUCAUUACAGAUGUUACCUUUCAAUGGAGGGGAAGCCAAGUGGUUAGAUUCUAUGGGGAGGCCCAAAAUUGGGGUAUCAAAAGAUGGAUUUUACCUAUUUCAUUUGAAAUUGUUUCCAAACUCAACGAAUGGAGAGUUAUAUACAACCGAGAUGGAAAAAGGUAUUGAAAAGGUGGCAGCUUUGCCAUGGGAUAAAUUGGUAGGCUCGUCCAAAAACUGGAUCCAAAAAUUUAACCAAAAAAUUAAGGUAAAUCUUCUUAACAAACUUUUACGGGAGCAACAAAUUCCAAUUAAAGUGAUUGAACUUGAAUAA